UGUGCGCAUGUGUGCUGUGUGCUUUGGCCCUCGGAGUAAAGAUGGCGGAGCGCGGGUACAGCUUUUCGCUGACUACUUUCAGCCCAUCUGGUAAACUUGUCCAGAUUGAAUAUGCUUUGGCUGCUGUAGCUGGAGGAGCCCCUUCAGUGGGAAUUAAAGCUGCAAAUGGUGUGGUGUUAGCAACUGAGAAGAAACAGAAAUCUAUUCUGUAUGAUGAACGAAGUGUACACAAAGUGGAACCAAUUACCAAGCACAUAGGUUUGGUGUAUAGCGGCAUGGGCCCAGAUUACAGGGUGCUUGUGCAUAGAGCCCGGAAACUGGCUCAGCAGUACUAUCUUGUUUACCAAGAACCCAUUCCUACAGCUCAGCUCGUACAGAGAGUAGCUUCUGUGAUGCAAGAAUACACCCAGUCAGGUGGUGUUCGUCCCUUUGGAGUGUCUUUGCUUAUUUGUGGUUGGAAUGAGGGGCGACCUUAUUUAUUUCAGUCAGAUCCAUCUGGAGCUUACUUUGCCUGGAAAGCCACAGCCAUGGGAAAGAACUAUGUGAAUGGGAAAACUUUCCUUGAGAAAAGAUAUAAUGAAGAUUUGGAGCUUGAAGAUGCCAUUCAUACAGCCAUCUUAACUCUAAAGGAAAGUUUUGAGGGACAAAUGACAGAAGAUAACAUAGAAGUGGGAAUCUGCAAUGAAGCUGGAUUUAGGAGACUGACUCCAACUGAAGUUAAGGACUACUUGGCUGCAAUAGCGUGAUAAUGAAGUGACUGAAAAAUCUGAAAUUUCAGAGAGUGUCUCUACUUAAACAUGUUUAAAGUAUGUUUUGUUUUGCAGACUUUUUGCAUACUUAUUUCUACAUGGUUUAAUGGACUGAUGUUUUUAAAAUGAUAGUUAUAAAUCAUAAUAAACUGUUAAAUCCAAUUUUCUGCUUUUUAGAAAGUUAGAAAUAUUUUCAAUAAUGAUAUCCUGCUUUUUAUCACAGUUAAUUUCUAAACAUUACAUUGCCAAGCAAAAUGGUGAAAGCAUUCUAGUCUUUAUGCAACUUGGUUAAGUCAGGUUUUGUUACCGUCUACUACCAAAUAUUGUCUAUGCUUCAGUAACGCAAAAUGCCAAUUUUAGUAAACAUCACUGUUAGAGCUAAGAGAAUCUGCAGACUCUCAGGUUCAUGAGAUAAGAUAGGAAGCAUAGAUAUUUUUUAGUCACAGUUAGGUAUAGAUUAGUAAAAGCCGACAAUGCUCUGUGUGAUUGCACUGGAACUGUGAAGGUGCUAAGCUAGAACCUCUAUAAGUGAUACAUAAUGCAAUUAAAUAAAAAAAAAGACUUCU